UGCACAUUCAGGAAGGCUCGCUCUCACCUAGCCUUACAGAUUCUACCGUCACCAUCACCUCUAGUGUCCCUUGAUAGGCUUAUUUGCUAUUUGUCCGAGCUCUUUCGAAUGCUGCGCCGGAUGAUAUUGGCUAAUCACAAGCUUCUAUGCCGGUGACUUGGUGCGAGGCUGUCCUCGGUCCACUGAAAGAUGAAGCUGGACGACGCUAUUCGCUGUCUUCAGCAUGAGAAGCCUUCAGAAAGAGCAGCGGGGCUGGAGAUGUAUCGACAAAUCUUCAGCAAAGAAUACUCUCUGACCUCGCUGACAGGGGACGAUUCGACAUGGACGCAAGUCUUUCAGGCACUGUUUCAGUGCGUUCUGACAGAGCUGACAGCUUGCAGCCGGAAGGGACACUACCGCGACGCUACCGCUGUCCAGCUGAGCAAGCUCACAGCAGCCUCUCGGACUGUCCGUUGGCUCACCGAGAGAGCCUGCCCUCACUUUCAGCGCAAGACUGCCAAAGCUCUCACUACGCAUCUUGGCCAGACAGUCGCCCGCAAUGGUGAACUCAUCACUCCAAUCGCACUUGAUUAUCUCAAGGCAUUGAGGGCUAUCCUGGCCUACCCCCCACAUCGUAAUAGUGUCGAUCAAGAACAGUGGGCCAAGCUUGCCACACUGUGUUUCAAUGUCGUCUUGUCUCGCAAUACCAAGGAGGCACUGCCUCACGUCAAUGCUGACGCUUGGCAAAGAUCCCAGGCCUCGUCAGAUGCUGAUGGCAGCUCUCGGUCUCUUGGUUUAGAAGACAUCGAGGAGAUGGGCUGCCUUGAAGAGUUACUCAGUUCCUCUCUGACUCCUUUGCACACAGAAGAGAAUCUUGGACCUCGUCUACUCGUCCAGUAUGCCCUCUUCUUCGCUAAGUUCCCCGCCGAAUCGACUGCUCACUUUCCAGCAGUGGCUGGCCUCAACAAGCUUCUCAGAGAGAUCGAGCUCGAUCACAGGAGACUCAUCGACAUCUUCAUUGCGAAGACUUGGAGGACGCUGUCGAACCUUUGGGAGUCCAAGAACAAGGCCUUCAAGGAACAACUCAUUGUUACUUUCCGGAUCCUCCUUCCGCACCUCACUGCCAAAGUCCCGACGCCUCUCCCUGCCUCCGCGCCUUCGUCUGCCAAAGAGCCAGAUAUCCCUACUGUCACGACGCUGCUGGUCUUGUUGCAACGUCAAUUGAAUGGUGACGCUGACAAUCGUUUCAGCGUGGGACCUCUGCCACUCCUGGCAGUCCAGCUCUCAGAUGCCUCGUCUUGUCUAUCGUCACAGCCUCUACGAUAUCCGUCCUUUUCCGCCGGGACUGACUUCACGGCGACCAGUGCAAUAUCUUGGGCCACAUUGGAACUGGCUUCGGAUGUCGUCGCACAUAUGAGCGGUGAUCGAUAUGGUCCCCCUCUGUCACACAGCUCAGUGGCUCUUGACUCGGUCGAGAGCCCAGGCGAGCAGACGGAGCCGGAGGAUCUGACUCAUCGAAGCACUCGUAAGCGGACAGCCUCAAACAGGCUCCGAAGGGCGCCAGACCCCACAGCGGGUUCCUCUCCGCAGGUAACCAGACCGUACACAUCGUCGCCUACGACACACAAGCGUCGAAGAGUUGAAACAUCCGCCCAAAUCGAUGCCUUGGAAACGUUGCUCAGCGCUCUCAGCGUACCCACAGACGGAGCGUACGCCAAAGCGCAAGGGAAGAGGGUUUGGAGCCUUCAAGUUCUGCUCUUCCUUGUGGUCAGGCACUGGUCACAGCUUUCGCUGGAGCAACAAGACAGGGUCUUUCGCAGCACACAAGGCAUGCUUGUCGAUUUGGACGAUGAGCUCCAAUGCUGGAGCUUGAUUUGUCUCGGCAGCAUAGCUGUCGAAAGCUCCCUCGACGAGAGGUGGAGGGAAGGCUGGUCUCAUGCGUGGUCUCUCUGCUGUCGACGUAUCAACGCCCCUGCUACUUCCCGGGAAGCAGCGAUGGCAGCGACGGCCCUUUUGCAUAGUGGCCGGCUCGGCAAAGAGCAAUACCUUACAGAGCUCAAUAGUUUCUUCACCGAUCUCGAUCUGUCGUCCCCACCAUUUCCCCAUGGAUCCGUGGCAAACUUUUUUACCAUAGCACUCAAAACUUGCAGCAGUGAUGUGGGUCUGGUGAAAAAGAACUUCGAAGAAAAGGUUGCUUGGUGGCUUACAUCAACAUGGUCACCGACUCAUGGGGUCUCUAAAGGUCCUCAAUCCCGGCUCAAGCUACCAGAGCAGAGCCCUGCUUGUACGCUCAGGUUGAUCGCUCAGAUCUGUCGCCUCGAUGAGGACCUCAUAGACAUUUCUGACCGUAUCACAAGCCUCCCAGGCUGUGCCGCAAUGGAUCAGAUCAUCUACGAAAUGGAGACAGCCAGCAUUCGGGCAUUCGUCUUAGACGCGGUGCUCUCUGGUCAGAGUAGACCAGCGCAAGCAGUGCAAGACGCCCGGCGUUCCAUAGUCGCGUCCAAGGCUCUCACUCCUGCAGAACGCAUGCAUCACGAAGGCGACGGCGACUUUGAUGAGCCUAAUCAGCACCAGAGAGGCGCAAAUCCUCUUGAAAAGCGACUGUACAAUUUCCUAGACAAAGAAUUGUCUGACCUGUCGCGGGAGUGGGCUCGGCCCUCCGCCGACGCAGGUGCCGAAGUAUCUGCAUUUGCAGAUACUGCAAGCGUGGGCCAGACUCGGAAGACGAUCGAGCUUGUCACAGUCUCUUUGCUAUUUGAUGCUGCACUUGCCGCCAGUCACGUCAGACUGGACAAUCGGUUGGCUUUGACUGCCCAUAGACUCCUACUACAAGUCUUACGAACUCUUGCUGAGCCCAAUCGUUGGGCUUUGGCAGAGUGCACCAGCUUGGCAGCCGCUUUGCAGCCUAUCGUACAAGGAGGACCACCGCUAACGUCUCUGGGCACUUCAAGACUCCUACAGGGCAUCGUCGAGCCUGGACGGCGUUCCGGCGUGCGACGACAAACCCUGGACGUAGGUCGUCCGACGGAAAGGAGAGACUCGGUCCCAGAAGCGCGACGUCUGCCAUUUAUGCAGAUCCUCUGGAAGACUGUCCCGUUAGAUCUGCGUGACGCAACGCUCGCACAGAUGCGCGCCUGUCUACAACUUCUGUGUGGAAGCGAUGAAGGGGCAAAUCAGCGAAGCGAUGCUCCGGAUGAUGACGACGAUUGGGGUCGUAUCAAACAAGCAAAGGUAGACAGCGAGACGAUGAUCAAGCCUGCAGAUGACUAUGGCGCUGAUCGCUUCGCAUUGGCCACUUCAGCAAAUCUCUGCCUCACCGCCCUCAUCAACGUCCCGCGUGCAGUGACGGGACAGCCCACGCCUUUCUCGGGGGAGUUAGAGAAGUUGAUCCUGGAAGAGUCAACGGUCGCAAUAGAUAGGGCCGGGCAAGACAUCUUCGAUGCGUUGGCACUAGGAAGUGUUAGUCUCACCUAUCGCUCUGCAGCUGCCAUCAUGAUGCGGCUAGGUGUAGACUAUCUUCCAGAUCAUCGCUUCAGGCACAGCGAACACGCGCAACUCAUUGUCCUGCAUUUCCUAGAGGCGACGCUGAAGCUCUGGGGGGACCCGGACAAGGCAGACACCGACCUGGCAGCAAGGAGCGAAGAGUUCUGCGUACACUUCGCCCAAUCUCUUCGGCGGGAAAAGGGUCUACCAUGGCGGGUCAGAGUGCAAGCCGUACACUUCUUCGAGGUUUUGAUGAUGUCGAAGGUCGAACGCGACGGCUGGGAUGAUGGCGGUGGUGCUCUUGGCGCAUCGGCAAUCGCUGCUUUGAUAUGCGGCAUGGCUAGGGACGGGGACAUACGGGUCCGUUUUGCUGUCGCGCCAAUGGUCGCCAGACUGUUCGAAAGCUGCCCCCUAGGGGAAGAAGAAGGGCUUCUUGCCCUCGCUACUGAGCAAAUGAGCGCCGAGGCGGAUCACCUGGAAGGCAUGCUGGCUCGUAGCUUGACUUCUGCCAACAUCAUGAUUGCUAGCUCGCCACUUCGGGCUACCGCCCUCUUCUUCCUGUUAGAGCCGUGCUUGCUCAACAAGCUCACCAACACCCAUGCACAAGAAUUGCUACGUGUCGUUGCCACCUCGCUUGGCUUCCCCUCUACCUCAGAUCUGUUCAUCGUCUUUGCUGCUCAGCUCACCUUCGGUUUAGUGGAAAGUGGCUAUGACCCAACCCGCCUGCCGGCAAAAGUCCUAGGAUACCAGUCGCCCAGGCAAUGUCUCGAGCAUACAUUCGUGCCCAUCGGUUCGAUGAUGGCAGCCAUGGCAAUCGAGCGCAAGGAUGUCUCAAAUCAAUUUGCCGGACUUGCGCGAUCCAUAAGGAAGACGGAGGCGCAAGGCGUGGCAGAGUGCUUACCCUUUGUGCUAGCGACCGAAUUCGUGUUCGCCGUCAAGGACCUACAGCGUGAUGCAGCUGCUGAGUUGUCAGUGCAAGUUCCUGAUAUCAUCUCGAGCAUACGCAAGCGAUUGGUGAGUGGCGGCAAAGCUCUGAUCUCAGCAAAAGCCAUAGACGUAGCAAUACUCGAAAAGCCCGACCAGAUCAUGCUCUCUCUGCUGCUACGACUUUGGGAGAAGGAUAUUACUCCCGAAUCCACUUUUCUUCGACAGAUUGGAACCUCGGAUGGCGACACAGCCACUGCCUACAGAUCUUUGUCGCUCGGUGUCCCAGGCUCCGUGCUUGAUGUUUCACCUCACGAACCCAUCAGGCCUCACGCAUCAGGGCUCGAGAUAUACCGAUCUAUAAGGGCUUUGAUGAGCUCAAUCAAAGAUAGCAUCGCAAUGCCUUGUGUCUACCACGUCGUUCAACAGAUGCUCAGUAUCAUCUGGAAGGAACGCCUGGUCAAUGAUCAGCUGCGACAUCUGAGUGCUCUGAAGCUCUUUGUUGCAAUGCACUCGGCAGCCAUUGCCCAGAAUGACGUAAUUCUACGUACACUCCUCCACGGCGUCUCCGUGCUUAUGGCUCAGGUAGAUCUCUUGCACUCAGCUUCAGGUGUAGCUCAUUGGUGCCUCGAGCAGUACAUGACUCGCACCCAGAACGGGUUAUUUCUCACGACAAGCCUCACUCGUAUAGCAGAGCAAGCCGAAAAUUGGUCAAGAAGUAGAAGCUUCGACCUGGUUGCUUUCGGAGAAAAAAUAUUCGAGUGGAUGGAAGAUCACCUCAUCGACCUGCUCAGUUCACCGGCUACGCAAAAAAGCGCCUUCGACGCAGCGAUCGCCUUCCCGCGACAACUCUCCGGGAAGCUUACCAGUGCGUUGACUUCCUCGGCAGAUGCUGUGUCCGAUAGUACGGGAAACGUCCUCAAUCUUGACAGCAUCUCAGCAGCUUUGGAACGCAAUGAAAAAGCGCUGCUGAAUAGGCAUACACUCAGUCGCAUUCGCGAAGCGCUGCUUGCUGCAACGAGCACUGAGGGGAUCCACAAGUUCGCACGAGCGACUAUCUGGCAUCUGUUCUCAAGGCUACCGAGUCGCUCCGUUCAGUCUGCUGAUACUGCUGUUGCCAAUGUCUUGGCUGACAUCUUGUUCUCCUUGGAAGGUAAGGUCAAAGUACCGACUACCGGUGAAGGGCAAGCUAACGGCGACGAGCGUCAUUUGCAAAUGCUGGAGGGCCUUCUGCGGGGGGCGGAGACAGUGUUUGGACCCGUCAAGGCCUACAUUGCUUUACAACUCCUGGAGAUACAUCGAGGCGAAGAUCUUGGAUUAGCAGAGUCAACGUUUUCCUGCUUGCGAGCAGUCAUGACGCUCGAUCCUACUUUCACCUUGACCACGAGCCAGUGGCCGCCAUCUAGCGUCGAGGAGCUGGAGCUCCUUUCGGCCUUCCCAUCGAGGCCAAAGGACCCAUGUCAAGACAAGGCCUCGACGAAAGAUUUUCUGGGGGAGCCCCGCCCGGCCACCGUCUUUGACGAUUGGAUAUGCCAGCUUGCUUCAUACCUGUGCAAAAGACUCGCAGAGACGGAGCCGAACUCAUUUUAUAGUGAAGUGCAGCCCUUGAUGCUGUCUGUGACUACUCUUGCCACGCGGAGCUGCCCCGCUUUGCUGCAGUCUCUCUUGGCUCUGGACUAUGACCGACAGGACAGCACGGUGGAGAGCUUCAGAUCUGAGAUUUCCCAAUACUUUACAAAGGUGCUCAGCAACUCGCAAGCAGAUCCCGCAGCCUGGUCGGCAGUGAUCACAGCCGUGCUCUACAUGAGGAAGCAGCGUACAUCGGACGUGUUGGAUGAUCCCUUGUCAGCCGACAAAUGGUUCGACAUCGACUUUCUCCUUCUGGCUAGCAGAUCAAUCGGAGCAAAGAUGUUCACAACUGCUCUGCUCUUUGUUGAGCUUGCGAUGGAACAUCAGCGGGACGCUUUUGAAUGUCAACAGAAGACCGUCUCUGAGCUCUUGUACCAAAUAUACAGUAACGUAGAGGAUCCGGACAGCUUCUACGGGGUGAAAAACCCUGACUUAAGGCUGGCGCUGAUCAAGCGUCUUCAUCACGAGGGUGAAUGGCAAAGAGCUUUCGAAAUGUAUGCAGCCGACCAUGAAAGUGUCCCACUAGUCAGUGGGUCGACCUUCGACACAGGACGAUACGAUGCUUCCAGAAGUGGCGUAGCUUUGGCACUGCAUGAGAUGGGUUACAAUCGCUUAGCAGCUAGCAUGUCCACUGUCUCAUCAGAUGCUCACGGUAUCGACUUCGAAAUUGGAUGGAGGACAGACGACUGGAAUCUUCCCCUCGCUUCACAUCCACCCCCUGGACGCAGCGCCGGAGUCUUCGCUGCUCUCCGAGCUCUCCAUCGCGAGCGGGACCCAAUGACCAUCGAAGGCAUCGUCGAGGAUGGAUUCGGCAACGAGCUUCGUGGGCUAUCCGGUGCCAAGGUAGAAGCGGUUGUUGAAGUUCGUCGCAUCAUCCGAGACCUGCUGAGUUUGAGGGAGGUCAAGCAAUGGAGGUCGAUCAUUGUCGAGUCUCAAGGCCUAGAUGGUGCUCUCGUCAAGGUACAAGAUUGGCCUGCUCUACCCGAAGGCUUUGCAUUCGCAGACUGCGAGCGUAUCUUGACCGUUCGCCAGUCGCUACUUCGGGCGGAGCGAAACGUAGCGCAAGCUGAUCAAAUCGGUGAUCUGAUUGACACCUCCGUGCAGAGCGCCUUGCAACUCGAGGGCACUCUACUUCUGCGGCUUAGCAAAGCAGCAAGAAAGCGGGACAGAUUUCAGACAGCAAUGAAUGCAGUGACGAUGGCCGACAAGCUCAACACACAAUUGGCAGAGUCUGCGCAAUUGUCGGGAUUGUAUCCGGAGUUUGCGAGUGUUUUGUGGUCACAAGGAGAGCAUGCUAUCGCUAUGCAAGCACUCCAGGACUGUCUUACAGCCAUGCCGACCAAGCCCAAGGACCCUCAAGAACGAGCCCGGAGGGCAAUUCUGAUGGCUCAGCUAGGACAGUGGCGAGCCAUUGCGCGAUCUCAGCAGCCACGAGUUAUCGAUGAGGAGUUCUUUCGUCCAGCAAUCGCUCUCAUCGAAAAGCAGAAAAAGGACUGCACUGCAGUCUACCAUCAGUACGCACUAUUCGCUGAUGAUCAAUACCGUGCGCUGCGCAAUUCGUCGGAGACGCGCCAGCUGGAGGCUUUUGUCAGCCAUCGGAGGGAAGAGAUCCGUCAGCACGAGCUGCAGAUGAACAAAUACUCGCCUAAUACUCCAGAGCACAAUCAAUUCAGGCAUCACCGGAACCAAGCACAGAAGAUCUGCAGGCAGGAUGAGGCAGUUCUUGAGCAGCACGGAAAGUCCAAGAAUGCAUUCCUGCAGCAAGCAUUCAAGAUGUAUGCCGCUGCCCUCACUCACUCAAACGAAUUUGACGACUCGGCUGUCAAGAUGACCUCGCUUUGGUUCGAGAAUGCCGACGAUGCUGAUUUCAAUGCUGCAACAGCAGAGGCUCUAGCCGUUGUGCCAUCGCACAAGUUCCUGAGACUGACACAUCAGCUCUCUUCUCGCUUGGGUAAAGUUUCAGAGGCGGGAGCUUCGAAGAGUUCUGUCAACGCCUUUCACUCGAACUUGGCUAAGCUUAUGACAAGAAUGUGCUCUUUCCAUCCCUUUCACUGUCUGUACGCUAUCUUUGCACUCCGCAAAGCUGACCUUGACCAGUCCGGCGCGUCUCCGGCAAAAUCCUCCAAACGCGCUGGAACACCUCAGUCGUCACAAAGGUCCAGGGGAGCUGCUGCGCAUGAUCUGUGGAACAAAGUCAAGGCCACCUCUCCGCACAAGAGUCGUGUCGCUCAGCUGGAGAAAGUGUGCUUCGCUUACGUCGAUUGGGCUGAACUGGACCUCAAGACUUCCAUGCCGUCUCUGUUCACCAAGAGCGGUAGUAUUGCGUCAGGCAAACACAACGUCCCCACUGCGAUGAGGCACGGCAUUCACAGUCUGCACAAUGUCCAAGCACCGGUGGCCACUGCUGAAAUUGCCGUGGAUCCCUCGAGCGAGUAUCGGGAUAUUCCCACAAUCGCUAGAUACAGUACGCAAUUCGAGACUGCUGGUGGACUGCAUCUGCCAAAGAUUACCGAGUGUAUCGGAAGUGAUGGGAAGCGGUACAAACAGCUCUUCAAAGCUCAGGAUGACCUUCGACAAGACGCAGUGAUGCAACAGGUCUUUACCCUGCUGAACGGUCUUCUCAAAAGCGAUCAGAGGGCAGGUGAACGCGAGCUCAAGAUCCGCACCUACAUUGUGCUACCCCUGGGACCGCAGUGUGGCCUGCUUGAGUUCGUUGGCAAUACUUCCCCGAUCGGCAACAUCGUCGUUGCAGCGCAUGAAAAGUAUCGGCGAGACGAGCACCUUACCCCUUCCCAGGCCCGAAGUGAGCUGGCAUCCGUGGGUGGCAAAUCACCGCAAGAGAAGUUGGAAAGGUAUCGGCAGGUGUGCAAGGAAAUGCCGCCCUGCUUCCGCUUCUACUUUUUCGAGCAGUACAAGGUCCCAACGACUUGGUUCGCAGCGAGGCUCAACUACACUCGAAGUGUGGCGGCGACGAGCAUCAUCGGCCACGUGCUGGGCCUAGGUGACCGACAUGUCUCUAACAUCCUCAUCGACCAGGUGACUGGCGAGGUGAUCCACAUCGAUUUCGGAGUAGCGUUUGAACAGGGCAAGCUCCUUCCCAUACCUGAAUCGGUCCCCUUCCGUCUCACCCGCGACAUGGUCGACGGCAUGGGUUUAUCAGGCGUCGAAGGUGUCUACCGUCGCUGCUGUGAGGAGACGUUGCGCGUUCUGCGCGACGGGUCAGAUGUGAUCAAGACGGUCCUCGAAGUCUUCAAGUACGACCCUCUCUUUGCAUGGACCUCCAAUCCGGUAAAGGUCAUUCGCGCUCAACGCGACACCGACGCCAGUGGCGGUGGUCCCUCGGGCACGACGAUUGGCAGCGGAAGUGCGGCUGCGACUGCCGACGAGCAGAACCUGGCUGGCGCAAGAGAUACAGCUUCAUUGAGCGCCGAGAGGGCCAUUGGAUCUGUCAUGGGCAAACUCUCUUCGAGUUUGAGCACGCAGUACACGGUCAAUCAGCUCAUUCAGACUGCUCAGGACGAGGCGAACUUGAGCGCCAUCUUUCACGGCUGGCAGCCUGCUCUGUGAUUGCGCAGUACCCGGCGAGGGGCUUCACUUGCGCACUGGCCGUAAGAACAGAUGUCCUUCCCAGCUCCUCUCCACCUUUCUUCUCCGACGUGUUGCCUUCACCUGCUUCCCUACAGUAUGUCUGCAUCGUCCUCAAAUGUAUACCCCGUCCUACGAGUCAUGCGUGCGUGGCGAUGAGCAUAGAGCAUGCCGUGAUAACAAUGCCAGUGAAGAGAUGGAUAUAGAAGCAGUCAGGAACCAUUACGGAGAGAAAAGUGACCAACAACAAAGAAAGAAAAGAGGAAAAGAAGUGAGGCGGGGUUGGUAAUGAAUGAAGACGAAGGAGAUGAGAAAAAUCCGUGGGUGCCCGCCAUUUAUGGACCUGCCCACCCUCUUCUGCUCUCUACUCCCCUCCAGCCUUGACCUUCUUCGCAGUACCAAUGACCGUCGAAUUGACUUUACUAGCAAAGCGCAAGCUGCAAAGACUUUCUCCCAGGUGUUCCGCCAUAGGGGAAAGAG